AUGCCUAACGGAGAUGUACACGUAGCUCUUCAAUUCUGGUGGCAGCUAGUUUGCCUUAUUACCUGUUCGAUCGCCACAAUAAUAUCCUUAUUUUCCAUAUCGUCCCAUUUUCUAAAUUAUAGAAAACCCAAUGAACAGAGAUUGACUGUCAGAAUAUUGCUAUUAGUGCCACUAUUUAGUGUUACAUGUUUUGUAGCAACCACCAGACCCGACAUAUCUCAAGUCUAUUUAGAUCCCAUUAGAGAGAUCUAUGAGGCAUUUGUGAUAUACACUUUUUUCUCCUACUUAUGCUUAAUUUUGGGGGGUGAGAGGCAAAUAAUCACUGAAACGUCGGUAAGGCACGAACCAAUACGACAUGCAGUAGCAUUCAUGGGUAAAAUUGAUCUUUCAAAUCCUUCUGAUUUUCUGAGAGUUAAGAAAGGUAUUUUGCAGUACGUCUGGUUUAAACCUUUUUAUUGUAUUGCUGUUUUGAUCUGUGAAGUAUGGAAAUUACAUAAUUUACAAUUUGGCUUGGUGUUGCUAUAUAAUGCAUCAGUGACAUGGUCGUUAUACUCACUGGCUCUAUUUUGGAGGUGUUUAUACGAGGAAUUAAAGCCGUUUCAUCCAUGGUAUAAAUUUAUGUGCGUCAAAUUAAUAAUUUUUGCUUCGUACUGGCAAAGUAUAAUAAUUCAGUGUUUGAGUAUUGCUGGGGUAUUUGGAGAUCGCGAAAGCCAUCAAGAUGAAGUUCAAAUGACAAGUUACUUUUAUCAGAAUGCCAUUUUAUGUAUCGAAAUGAUUGGGUUUGCUAUCUUACAUUCAUUUGCAUUUCCCCCAGGUCCAUACUCCAAUAAAAAUAUACAUUUCGGCAGUAGAAUGAAAUUAUAUUAUGCAUUGAGAGAUUGUUUUGGUGGUGGAGACUUGAAAUGGGAUUUCAAACAGACGUUAUUGGUUGGUGAAUCUUAUUACAAUUUUAAAAAUUUUGAACCUACAUCAGCAGAAGGGUUAUUGUUAAGAAAUGAUCUUGACUCUAGAAUGAACAGGAUACAACAAGGUUAUAGAUUUUCCAAUUCAGGUCACGACAAUUAUUGGAUAAAUUAUGGUAGUACGUCAAAUGAUACUCCUUCCAGAAAUGUAUCAAACAUUGAAGACGAGGAAUGGGACAAUUCUAUUGGCAACGAAAGGUACAUUUCCAGUGACUCGAAUUACCCAGUAAUUUGGGAUACAGAAGGAUACAGAUAUUCUUCAAAUAUACGUAAGAUAAGAAAUGACAUCGAAAGUAGAUCUUUCAGUUCAACCACAUAG